AUGCCACAGUACCACGACCUGAUUCGUAUGAGCAACAAUGCGGUCAUGCCUAAGGUGAUGCUCCUGGAUGUGACGGACGUAGUUGUGCCGUGUGACUCCGCUUCCGCAACCCUGCCACAUACAAACCAGCCGGACCCCGCGAGCCAGCCUCACGAUUCCAUGGACGUCUCGAAAAUGGUCCGAGACAGCGCCACAAUUGAUAAUUUCCAAGCAUUCCCAGCCAUCUGGAUCCGUGUAGAGACAGAAGGUAGACGGACAGCGGAUAUAACGCCUCUGUCGAUACGAUACAAGAUGGGUCCGUUGAACAGCAUUGUAUACGGUACUGUGUGCGCUGUUGCCAUGAAGUUAGAGAAGACUCUUGAAGCGAGAGAAGGAGAGAGCACACCUAUUUGCUAUGGAACUAUUAUAAUGUUCCAGCAGCCAUCUGUUGUCGAAGGACAUACGUGCAUCGUGGCCACCCCCGCAUCAGAGAUUCAGGGGCCGCGUCGGCUGCAACUUCUCGUCUUGGGAAGUAAGGCCGACUCCGGCCGGCGAGCAUGUACGGUGCACACAGCUACCCAGGACGACUGUAGCGCCUGCGCCAAAGAAGUAGAGUCGACGGAUGUGACCAUCAAUGGCGAAUAA